AUGCAGUUCUUCGUCAUUAUCAGCGCCUUGAUGGCGGUUGCUGUUACCGCUGCUCCUACUCCCGAUCCCGAUUGCAACGCAUACACUUGCCAGCAUGCUCCCCCUCCAGGCGCCGAACCGGACGUUGGCCCUGGGGAUCUCGUCAAGAGUCUCAUUCCUUAG